GCGAAGAACUCGAGCGGACUUUCGAAACCUCCCUGACCAAGGUGCGCAGAGACAUCGUCGCCGCCCAGUCCCUGUACCUGUAAAGCACUGCACUAUGCACUAGUUCCUGGAUGUGUCUUGUCUCACUUUAGUUCUGGAUGGUUGGUUUUUCUUUUCUUGGUGGUGGCAUUCCUGGCGUCAGGCUUUACAAAAGGUUUAUGUAUGGCUUUUGCCUUCCGCUUCAUACUGUUCAUGUCUACAUAUUUCUAUCUGUAAAUGAGGUCGCAUUAUGUUCGACCACCUGGUUCUACUUAGAUGUCGCAGUCCUGUUCUUCAAUCCAGCUGGCCUUCAGUUGUUCUACGAUCGAUCUCGGCCCAUUCGAUCAAUUCUCGUCAUGGCGGGUUCAUUGACGUUGUGAGCUAUUAUCAUCCGACAACAAUCCUUUGGCAGUUAUGGAGAAACUGAUGCAGCUAUUUCAGCGUUCAUCGAUCAUUGGCGCCGAAG